CUUCCUCUACAGAACAGGCUCUGAGUAAAGAACAUCGCGAACUCGAGCCUCAAAUAAAACCAUCAAAAUAUCAGAGCUGAACACCCAAUAGCGGAUUAAACAACUCUUAACAACUUUAUAAAUACCUCAACACCACACAUCACAUCAUGCCGCAGAACGAGCACAUUGAGUUACACCGCAAGCGUCAUGGCUACCGUCUGGACCACCACGAGAGGAAGAGGAAGAAGGAGAGCCGUGAGGCGCACGAGCGGUCGCACAAAGCCAAAAAGAUGAUCGGCCUCAAAGCCAAACUCUACCACAAACAGAGACACGCUGAGAAGAUCCAGAUGAAGAAGACCAUUAAGAUGCACGAGCAGAGGAAGAGCAAACAGAAGGACGAUGACAAGACACCAGAAGGAGCCGUGCCAGCUUACCUGCUGGACAGAGAGGGACAAUCACGCGCCAAAGUGCUGUCCAACAUGAUCAAACAGAAGAGGAAAGAGAAAGCUGGAAAGUGGGAGGUUCCUUUACCAAAAGUUCGAGCCCAGGGUGAAACCGAGGUUCUGAAGGUCAUCCGCACAGGAAAGAGACAGAAAAAGGCCUGGAAGAGAAUGGUGACCAAAGUCUGCUUCGUAGGAGACGGAUUCACACGCAAACCACCUAAAUAUGAGCGCUUCAUCAGACCUAUGGGUCUGAGGUUUAAAAAGGCACACGUCACUCAUCCUGAACUGAAGGCCACGUUUUGUUUACCCAUCUUGGGCGUCAAGAAGAACCCGUCCUCCACCCUCUACACCACUCUAGGGGUCAUCACCAAGGGAACAGUCAUCGAGGUCAACGUCAGUGAGCUCGGAUUGGUCACACAGGGUGGAAAGGUCAUCUGGGGUAAAUACGCCCAGGUGACGAAUAACCCAGAAAAUGAUGGUUGCAUCAACGCAGUGUUGCUUGUAUAAUGGAAACCUGAAACAAUUGAUACAGAACUGUGCCUCCGAGUGCAGCCGGGAGCGGUGCUUAUGUGGAAUACUGUUAUCGUCGGAAUCAUCUUGGAAGUCAUAAGAUGGUUUGAAAACAGUCAGUGGAGUUUCAUUGUCACAUCUGGACCCAAAGCUCACAAGAACAAGUGGAUCAGAAAUAAAGUGCUGUUUAAUUUCAGAUAAAAUGUUCAAGUGUUUCUCUAUGCAUUUGUUAUUAUUCAUGAAUGGUUCUGUGUUAGGAAAGCAGCUGAAACGGCUGUAUUUGCACAGUAUCCUGGGAUACAUCACACCUGCUAUUUAGAUAAUUCAGAUGCCAUAAAAAAGUAAUCAUUUACUAAAAGUAAUGACAUUUAAAAUAGGCCUCAAAUGUUUCUGUCACAUUGUGUGCUACUUAAUCUUUGGAAUCUUAUAAAAUUGGGAAUAAAAAUUUUUCUUGUGCUCA